AUGUCCACAGCAGGAGAACUCAUUCAGCAGCACCCCGCCAACGUAGUGGCCAAUCCUGGGUACAAGACCACAUCCGAUAAAGCCUGGGCCCACGAUUACAACCCUAUCAAAACGACAAUUGUGCAUACCGUCAUAAGAAAUGGUGUUACUGAUGCUAACUUUGAGGAUGCCUUCAUGGGCAUGGAGGAUGACGACGAAUUACGCUUUCGUCAGCCAGCCGUCCGGACAAAUCAACGACACUGGAGACUGGAGACCGAAGCAGACUGCGAGAAUUGGUUCAACACUGAGAUAACAAACGUUGUCCUUUCUGCAUGGCAUGACUAUCCACCGCUUAUGCAGACCUCUCACACAAAACCCCUUUCGGAAGAAAACAUAUCCGAGAAUGUGGACUGUACAUUUUCUGUAAAGUACGGCCAGAGAAGAUAUACUGUGGCCAUUGGCGAGUUUAAGCGCAACCUUAUUGACCCGCAACAAUGGCAGAGUGGCUCCAUUACCAGGAGUGGACAAAGAAGUCUAUCGCAAGAGCUUAGAGGAUACGCAAGCAAAUACCAGUGUCCUCAGGUCUUUUGCUUCGACGGAUCUAGAUUGGUACUUCUGCAAUUCCGAGCGUAUCGGGUUGAUGACAUCAAGAGCGACACGUGUCCGAUUGACUGCUGGAUGAUCCCCGUGAAGUAG